CCUCUCGCUGCCUGCAGCCUCCUCACCCCUAUCACCCUUUGUCGCCUGUGCACCUGCACGCUCCCUUGCCCUCCCACUUCCCUUCUAGGCUGGACCCUCUCCCAGCCUUACCCCUCUCCUUGCCCUCCCACACAGCCCCAAAUUAGACUUGCCCCAAUUUGUUCCCUAGACCCAUCUUUUUCUCCCUUUGUCGUCUGUACACCUGUCUCAGCUGUGUCCAUUCACCCCACCACCCUGUCCCCUAACAUCAUCUGAGUCCAGCCCAGGCCAUUGUCCUCAUCUCCCUCCCAUGGUAUACACACACACACACACACAGCCCUGAUUGUCCCCUACACCUGCCCCAGCCUCAGGCCCUCUCCAAUCCUCACUCCUUUGUUGUCUCAGCAGCUGUCCCUGGACUAUUCAUCCUUCUCCCCCAAUGAUGCCAAACUCCAGCCCAGAUUCUCCUCUCCCUCUGACCAGAGAUGCCCCCUCCCAGCUCUGUUCUGGCAUUCCCUGGGGUGGUGUCCAGCCCACUCCUCAAUCAGCCAGUUCAUUUCCUUUCCUCUUUCAGCUGGUCCAGUCUCCCCUGGUCUCCCAUACUCCAGCCCAUUCCCCUAUCCUCUCUUCCUUUCUGCACUCUUCUCCCAUUCUUCUGGUCGCACCCACUAUACCUUAUCUUCUGUCUCCACAGGUGCCCUGGAGGAACCAUGGAAUUGAGUAGCAAAAAGAAACUCCAUGCCCUGUCCCUGGCUGAGAAGAUCCAGGUGCUGGAACUCCUGGAUGAGUCUAAGAUGUCCCAGUCUGAGGUAGCUCGGCGCUUCCAGGUGUCCCAGCCACAGAUCUCACGCAUCUGCAAGAAUAAAGAGAAGCUGCUGGCAGACUGGUGCAGCGGUACAGCUAACAGGGAGCGCAAGCGCAAACGGGAGUCCAAGUACAGUGGGAUUGACGAGGCCCUGCUCUGCUGGUACCACAUUGCCCAGGCCAAGGCCUGGGACGUGACAGGACCCAUGCUGCUCCACAAAGCCAAGGAACUGGCAGAUAUCAUGGGGCAGGAUUUUGUGCCCAGCAUUGGCUGGCUGGUCCGCUGGAAACGCCGAAACAAUGUAGGCUUUGGGGCUCGCCAUGUCCUUGCCCCUCCAUUCCCCCCUGAACCACCUCCCCCAGGGCUCACAUCUCAGGCCCAGCCUCCUCUUUCCCUUAAAGACUUCUCCCCAGAGGAUGUUUUUGGUUGUGCCAAAGUGCCCUUGCUGUAUCGGGCAGUGCCCGGCAGAGCAGUUGCUUGUGAUCAGGUACAGGUACUGCUAUGUGCCAACAGCAGAGGCACAGAGAAACGACGGGUAUUGGUUGGCGGGCUCCGGUCAGCUCCAAGGUGUUUCUUUGGGGUCAGCAGUGAAGCGCUGCCUGCCUCCUAUUACCCUGACCCAGGCAUCCCCUGGUCAGAAUGGUUAGCACAGUUUGACCAGGACAUGGGGCAGCAGGGCCGACAGGUAGCCUUGCUGCUGGCUGCCCAAGUGAUGGAGGAGCUGGAGGGCCUGCCUGGGUUCCACCACGUGAGGCUCUUGCCUCUGUCUGCCUCCAGCACCACACCUUCCCUGCCUGGCUCUGUAGUCUGGGCCUUUAAGGCCCACUACCGACACCGACUGCUGGGCAAGCUGACUGCUGUCCAGAGCGAGAGGGAUGGCACCUCACUGGCUGAGGCUGGGGCUGGCAUCACAGUGCUGGAUGCUCUGCACAUGGUGGCUGCUGCCUGGGCCAAGGUGCCUCCUCAACUCAUUUUAAGCAGCUUCAUUCAGGAAGGGCUGGCCCCAGGUAAAACACCCCCAUCCUCAGACAAAGAUUCUGAGAUGCCACCAGUCCCCAGUGGGCUGAGCCAGGAGGAGUUUUCCCGCUUUGUGGACCUGGAAGGUGAGGAGCCAGGGCCUGGAGUUUGCAAAGAGGAGAUGGGCACUGACAACGAGGAGGGGAGCAGGAUGGACAGCUUUGAGCCCUUGCCCACCAAAGCUGAUGCCCUGCGGGCCCUGGGCACCUUAAGGAGGUGGUUUGAGUGCAAUGGCACCUCCCCAGAGCUUUUUGAAAAAUUCUAUGACUGCGAGGCAGAGGUGGAACGGCUCUGCUGCCUGUGAGGGUACUCGGCUGCCACCAGAGCCCUCCUGCUCUGUUUCCCAUGGAAACGCCUCUCCAGAAGUCAGAUCGGCCCUUUCCUGUGGAAAUACAGUGUGUGGAAGAGAGGACUUGCGACUUCAGGUCUAAGUUCAGAGCCAAAGUGCCCAGGCCCUGAGAAGAGGCUCUAAAGGUGGGGCCUGGAGGUUGGGAGUCUGGGCUAUAUAGUUUCCAAACUCUGUGAGAAGGUUCUAGAGCCUGGGGAAGGAAUUUGGAGGAGCUGGGGCUUGGCAAGGUAGGACUUGGGCUUUAAAAGACAGUAGCUGUAUUCCUUGAACACCAUGUUAAAAACAGU